AGACGGGCACCUGAUAACAGCAAGUUUUUACGAUUAGUUACAUAGGUUAGGAAGUUAAUAGUUAUUAGUUAUGCACUCAUGCGAAUAUUAUGUAAGCCGAAUCGCUCACGACUCGGAGAAGAUCGUUAUUGUAUAUUUUUACGAGUGAAAAGUGAAAACGACUGACAAGUCUCAUAGGCCAUAGGAUACAAACGAAUUAAUUUUACAACAGAUUCCUUAUCGAACGUCCAAUUACAUAGGUACCUAAUAUUCAAAAUUUUGAUCGGAAUGUCCGACGAAAAUCAGAUGUUGAGAGAAAAUCUAGAAGCUCAGUUAGAACGUUUGGUCCAACAACUCAGUGAUUUAGAGGAAUGCAGAAGUGACAUGACUGACGAUGAAUAUAACGAGUCAAAAGAAGACACUGUUGAACAGCUAAAAGAAUUCAAUGAUCGAUUAAGUAAAAUUACUGCUGGUUGCAUGACUAUACAUGACAAUUUGAGCAUUAUGCGUUUGGCAACCAGUGCAGCCAUAACAAAAGCAUUUCAAACACCGUCAAUCAUCAAAAUGUUUGCUAAGAAUGAACCAAAUGCACUCAAAGACAAACGUAAUCAAAUUGAAAGAAAUAUGAAAUUGGGUAAAUUGAGCUUGGAGGUUGGAAAUCGACAAAAGCUUGAAGUAUUAACUGCGUUGAGACAUCUUGGCUGCGAACUGACGGAUAGUGAUAAAAUGUUUAUUAGAGAAGAAACAAGCAAACUUCAAAGCUCUAUGCCAUCGAAUGGUUUUAAUAUAUCCGACUCUUUAAAUGGUUUUGAUUUCAAUAUGUUUUUGAAAUUGGAUGACACUACAACAUAAACUUGGCGUCUUGGCUUAUUCAAUGUUUAUAUUAAAUUAUAUAGGUAACACCAACCAUUAAUUAAUAUGGUAAUGAACAGUAUUUUUUAUAUAAUGAAUUUUUGUAUAUUUAUUUACUUAGUAGUAAUUGAUAUAGACCAAACUUUAAUUAUAUAAUUAUAUAAGACUUAUAUUUUAUGUAUUAAUAUGUGUUACUUGUAAGUAAUUGUGAAUUGUGUUCAAAAAAAAAACUUUAUUUUUGUUAUAAGUUGCAUUUUAUAAAAAGAAGAAUUUAACUAAAGCCAUAUUAAAAAUGCCAAAUGUAUAUUAAAAACCGUCUGUUAUACUAUAUAAAAUAAAUUUAUAUAAUUUUAAUUUAAUUGCUGUAUACUAUAACAACAUUAAAUCAUGUUUGUUAUUUAACUUGUAUAUUUUAAAUUGUCAGGAAAAAUUCAAUUAGUUUAAAAAUGUUCAAAUCAGUGUUCUCAAAUGAUCCAAUUGGUAAUUUUAGUUUGAGACAAAUGGUUUAAAUGUAUUUGUUAUCUAUAGUUUUCCCGGUUUCCAAUGUUAAAUGUCACAAUUCUUAAUUCUUUUAAUAUCUAUCUACUCUACUACUCAUAAAUCCAUUAAUCUUAAUAUAAAUAUAAAUACCAACACGGAGAAAAAUAUUUUCUAAAAUUAAAUGUUUGCUUUUAUAUGCUAAUACUAAUUUAAGUUAGGUAGAGUCACAGUGUGUAUUUAUAAGGUUAAAAUUUAAAAAAGAUAUAACUAUUUUUCUUAAUACAUUUUGUGGUUAUAUACGAUAGUAUAUUAUUUAAUACAAAAAAAAAAACUUUGUAGUUAUAUUUAUGUUGCAUUAUAAAAAUAAAUAAUAUAAGUUAUAACAGCACAUUGUGAUUCACUGGGUGAAGAACAGUUCUAAGCCUCUUCUAAAUAUUAUAAUUGUAUUCAUUUUUCUAAUAACUAUUAAUUUUAUUGAUG